CUCUCGACCUUUUCUUCGCAGCAAAUAUCGGAGACCCCAAAAACAAAUAUUCUGUCCUUCUCUCUCUCUGUUUCUCCGGUCAGAAAUGUCCGUGACGUACCCUUCUCUCCGGUACCUGAGAACACGUGACCCGUCACGUGACUCCCAAACCCUUUCUGCUUCGCAAAUCAAAGUUUCAAUCUUUGGAUUCCGGUUGCCAAAUUGGGACUCUCCGGGCUCAAAUCCGGUGGCCAUUUCCCGUAAAUUCGACGAAAUCCGGGGGCCGAUUAGGGCUUUGAGCCCAGAAGGGUCGCUGCGGGAGCUCGAUGACUCGCCGGUGUCGAUCAACCUCGCGCCCAUUUGCAGCGAGGCCCAGUUCGAUCAGGUCGCCGCCGAGGCCCAGCAGCUCCGGCAAGCGUUGGUCGUCGUUUGGGUGGCAAGCUGGUGCAGGAAAUGCAUAUAUUUGAAGCCGAAACUGGAGAAGUUGGCGGCCGAGUACUAUCCAAGAUUGGUGUUCUACAGUGUUGAUGUCAAUUCAGUUCCACACAAGCUUGUUGCCCGAGCUGAAGUCACUAAGAUGCCUACUGUACAGCUGUGGAAAGAUGGCAAGAAACAAGCUGAAGUAAUUGGUGGUCAUGGCAAAGCAUACUUAGUGAUUAAUGAAGUUCGUGCAAUGAUUGAAACUGGCAAGAGCACAUAAGCCUUUCUCUGCAAGUACAAUGUCAGUGUUUGUGUAAAUUCAAAUGGGUGAAAUUCAUGCCUGAAAGACUAGCUAGCAAUGCAUUUUACCGCUUUAACAGGGUGAGCCAUAAAUAUAGAGCUGAGAGUAGUAAGCCUUCUUUUAAAGGUCAACCAUGUGCAGAAAGCUCUCAUUACUUCAAUUUCGUACCCUUAAAUUUUGAAGUCUGAACUCAGUGAUUGUUAAAAAUGUAGUAGUAGAUCUUUUCAUUUAACAUUAGAAUGGGUAAGUAAAGGAAUGAUGGGUGAAUGAUAAACAUGACUUUGUCUUCC